UUCAGUGCAAACGGCUUUCUAGAGACGAAAGUAUAGUGUUUAGUUCAGAUUAGGAAUAACCAUACUACGGAAAUCGUAAAUUAGUUAAUAAUUUUGUUAAAAAAUGAUGAAUAGUAGAAUAAAGUUUAACUAAACUAUCAUGAUGGAGAGACCAAUGAGUUUAAAACAAUACGUUUACGAAGCUUUUCUGGACCCAUAUGAAAAAAAUGCUUCUAUAGUGGAUUUGCUGCCGCCUGAUAUGCUACCUCUUAUUCAUGACCACUGGUACGGCUAUCCGCCCAUUAAGAGCAUAUGGCACAUAGUACUUGGCCUUGUCAUCAUUAUAUUAGGGAUUAUUAGCAUAUCUGGGAAUGGCCUGGUGCUAUACUUAAUGGCUACUGUAAGAAGCUUGAGGACUCCAAGUAAUCUUCUUGUCAUGAAUCUCGCUUUUUCGGAUUUCUGUAUGUUAGCUUACAUGAUGCCAGCUAUGGCACCGAAUGCAUUUAAAGAGACUUGGGUUACAGGAUACUUACAUUGUCAAGUGUAUGGGAUGCUUGGUUCUUUAUUCGGUUGUGUUUCUGUCUGGAGUUUGGUGAUGAUAACUAUGGAUAGAUAUAAUGUCAUUGUGCGAGGUAUGAAUGCAACACCUCUUACUCGUGUCCGAGCAGUUUUAAAAAUUGCUUUUAUCUGGACUUGGUCAAUCGGUUGGACCAUUCUGCCAUUUUACGGAUGGAGUAGAUACGUUCCAGAAGGUUCAAUGACGAGUUGCACCAUUGACUACAUCAGUACAGAUUUCAAUAGUCUCUCCUAUCUGAUUAUUUAUGCCACAGCUGUAUACAUGAUCCCGCUAUUUACUCUGAUAUACUGCUACACUUUCAUAGUCUUUCAAGUUGCCAACCAUGAAAAACAACUGAAGGAUCAAGCUAAGAAGAUGAAUGUAACUUCACUAAGAGCCAAUUCUGAUUCUUCUAAAACAAACGCUGAGUACAAGCUUGCAAUGGUGGCACUUACUACUGUAGUCUUAUGGUUCAUAGCUUGGACACCCUAUCUAAUGCUUGCUAUAGGAGGAGUAUUUACUGAUAGAACGUAUGUUACUCCCCUGACAACAGUAUGGGGAGCAGUUUUUGGGAAAGCAAGUGCUUGUUACAAUCCAAUUGUUUAUGGUAUAAGCCACCCAAAGUACAAAGCAGCUCUAUACAGCAAAUUCAAAUCAUGCAAUAAUACACCAGUUGAUGAUUCUAGGAGUGAAGUCAACACAAUAAGCAGUGAACAGUGACAUUAGUUUCAGCAGAAGAUAGUUUAAAUUAAUCUGCGAAAAUUUAGUAAUUGUAUUUUUUGAAAAAGAAAAUGCAUGUAACAAAAUGCACCAUUAUACUAUUGCGAUUGUGUUUCUCUCCAUAGAUGGCAUAAGCCGUCUAAAAUACAAAACAGUUCUGAACAUAAAAUUUAAAUCACGAACUCUUACACAGUGAACAGAGACAAAAACAAAAAUAUCGAAAUUUCAACAAAGCAUUGUUAGAAAAAAAGUGUGAGAACCUACAGUUUGUCUAUAGUAAGUAGUAAGAACUCCCAACGUCAAAAGGAGAUCUCCUCUCUCCCUUGAUUCUCUUUCUGUCGUUAAUAGUUGAACCUCGUAACCAUAGUCUCGACCACAGUUCCAAACGAAUGGCAAGGAGAAUCUUUUCAUAGACAGACCAUAAUAAUUGCUAUUGUAUUUAUUUAUUUUUUAAAUAUGGUACCGGCAAACAGGAAAAUGCUUUCCAGUGAACAGUGACAUAGCAAAAAUUUCAACAGAAAAUUAAUUAAAAUAAGUUCUGAAAAUUUA